GAUUUCAACGUGUGAGCGUGACUUAAGUUUGACCGCACCAUAUUCUUCUCUCUUGUCUGCAGCAACCCAGCUAUAUUACAGCCAGUUUUUCCGUCUCUCUCAACUUUCCUUUGCUUGUAGAUAUCUCUUCCUCUACGUUUGGUCGGCAAACUCUUUAUUUUGAAAGCCCCAAUACCUCAACACCGAGUAAUUCACAAGCUACAGCAGCAGCAACAAGAAGAGAAAAAACUCAACCCCCCAACCAAUAUCUGAAACAAGAACUUAAUGGAUCCGUGCCCUUUUGUACGGAUCCUGGUGGGUAAUUUGGCCCUGAAAUUCCCAGUAUCAACAAAGCCCUCACUUUCAAGAAUCCACCGUUUUACUUCUUCAUGUUAUUGCAAGAUUAAACUCAAGAACUUCCCUCAUCAAGUGGCUGCAAUCCCUUUUAUCCAAUCACAACAAGACAGAAACGGUAUAAACCCAGACAGCAACAACUCUUUUCAUAAAUCGCCCGCUGCUUGUUUCAGUUUAAGCAAGUCCCAGAUCGAUAGAAUCAUCUCGAGAGGAGGUUCAUCAUAUAAACUUUCUAUCGAAGUUUACGCUGACCCUGAUGGCAGUACUUGUGGAUUAAAAUCUGGGAAGUUAUUGGGGAAGGUUUCAUUGCCGUUGGAUCUUCGUGGAGCGGAAUCAAGGCCGUCUGUUGUUCAUAAUGGAUGGAUAGCUAUAGGCCGAAAUAGAAGCAACAAGAAUGGAUCAUCUGCACAGUUGUGUUUAACUGUCAGGACUGAACCUGAUCCGAGAUUUGUAUUCCAGUUCGGUGGGGAGCCUGAGUGUAGUCCUCAGGUUUUGCAGGUUCAAGGGAGUGUUAAACAGGCAGUUUUCACUUGCAAGUUUGGUUUCAGGAAUUCGAGCGAUCGGAACUUGGGAUCAAGAUCAUCUUUGCCAGAAUCAAACACUUCAAGAAAUUGGUUACCUUCUCUGAAAACAGAUAAAGACCAAUCCUCCAAAGAACGAAAAGGAUGGUCAAUUACAGUCCACGACCUCUCAGGCUCUCCCGUAGCAAUGGCAUCAAUGGUGACCCCAUUUGUCCCAUCCCCUGGCUCGGACAGGGUCAGCCGGUCCAAUCCAGGAGCUUGGCUAAUUCUCCGUCCAGGAUAUGGAACCUGGAAACCAUGGGGCCGUCUUGAGGCCUGGCGUGAGCCUGGUUUCAUUGACGCCCUUGGAUACCGAUUUGAUCUCUUCGACGACGAUAUCGCCACCACAGGCACAACCGCCGCUGUCGCCAGUUCCACCAUCAGCACCAAACUUGGCGGGAAAUUCACCAUGGAUAUGACAACUAACAACAUAUCAACCCCAUCAACAAGCCGGCAAAGCAGCUGUGACUUCGGGUCAAGCUCACGUUCAGGGUCACGACCAGGAUCUGGAUCAGGGUCAGAUUUCGGGUUUGGGCUAUCCCUUUCCCCCAAGAGUUUGUAUAGGGGUGGGUUCGUAAUGUCAUCGACGGUGGAAGGUGUGGGGAAAUGCAGUAAACCGGAAGUGGAAGUAGGGGUACAGCAUGUGACAUGCACGGAGGAUGCAGCAGCUUUUGUGGCAUUGGCUGCGGCUAUGGAUCUAAGCAUGGAUGCCUGUCGGUCCUUCUCUCAAAAGCUAAGGAAAGAGUUGAGGCAGCAAACUCAGAACUUUGUCGUUUAAUGUGGUGGGGUUUUGUCGUUUUAGGUUGUUCGGUGAUCAACUGAUUUGAUGAGUUGGAUAGGUGUUUUUGGAUUGGGAUUCUUUCGGCAGAUAACUACCAGCAGUUUUUGAGCUGGAUGUAAACGAUUACUUUGUACAGUGCGAAAUGACAAGGCAGGAUUCUUUUUUCUUUUAAAUUUCCUUGUGAUUGGUAAAUUUAUUCAUUGUUUAAUUCAUUUUUUGUACUUUAUAUUUGUUGUUUAUAUAUGUGUGUGUGCUUUCUUUCGUCUGAGAAUCCUAUGUUGGAAAUGUGGAAGGGUUGAAUUGAAGUAAAUCCAUUUUUCAAGAUGCA